AAUUUAUGUUUUAAAAUUUUGUAAACCACUAGUAUUGAUACCUAUGAAUUGACAGUAGCAUACUUCAUGCGUAUCGAUAAACCUUGGUUUAUCAAUUAAUUUUAUUAGUUGAUUUGUCAACGAAAAAUAACUGAGCAGGUUAAGCGAUCAAAGAAGAAGCAUACUUGAAGUUUUCAUACAUUAUUAAAAUAACAUUUAUUGACUGAAACAAUGACUGGUAAAAUGUUCAAUAGCACAAAUAACAAUUACGCAUUUAUAAUAUGGGGUUUUACAAUGCAUUUAAUAUUGUUGUGGGGUAUACUUGACGUGAAUUUUCAUUCUCCCAUUAUACAAGAAUUGCCAAAUGUGCCUCUUUUGAAAGGUGCACCAGCAAAAAGAUUAGUUUUGUUUGUAGCAGAUGGCUUGAGAUACAGAACUUUUAUUGAAUCACCACCAAAAUUUCUUAAUCAUGUGAUGACACAUAAAGGUGUUUGGGGUAUAUCUCAUACAAGAUUGCCUACAGAAUCUAGACCAGGGAUUGUUGCAAUUUGUGCAGGAUUAUACGAAGAUCCUAGUGCUAUAUUUAAAGGGUGGAAAGAAAAUCCUGUAGAUUUUGAUUCUGUUUUCAAUCAAAGUCAGUUUUCAUGGGCAUGGGGGAGCCCUGACAUUAUACCUAUAUUUACAAAAGGUGCAAAAAGAAAUAUAUAUGGGGACAGCUAUCCUCAUGAAUGGCAAGACUUCGAUAUAAUGAGGGGUCAAAUUUGGCGUUUAGAUUCGUGGGUAUUUGAUAAGUACAUAAAUUGGCUUAGAGAAGAAGCCCAAAAAGUGAAGAAUGUAGACCGUGUUAUUCUCUUUCUUCAUCUACUUGGUUGUGAUACCACAGGUCAUACUGCAAAGCCUUAUUCUAGAGAAUACGUCGAUAACAUGAAUUAUGUCGACCGUAAAAUAGAGGAAGUUGUACAGAUGACAGAGAAUUUUUUUGGAGAUCAUGCUACCGCAUACAUUUUCACAGCUGAUCAUGGCAUGACCGAUUGGGGAUCACAUGGAAGUGGUUCCACAGAUGAAACAGAAACGCCAUUAAUUGUUUGGGGUGCGGGAAUUAAUGCAUUCAAUUCUCGUCGCGAUGUAGAACAAGUAGAUAUCACACCGCUGAUAUCUACUUUAAUUGGCGCUUCUAUCCCCAGCAAUAGCGAAGGUGUUUUACCGUGGCAGUAUUUAAACGAUACCGAUCUCAAAUACACAAAUAAUGCUUUAUUAAAUAAUUUAAGACAACUAACGUAUCAAGUAAAAGCAAAUCGCGAAAUGAUUUGCGAGAAUAAUGGAUUUACAGAUGGGAAAGAGAGAGAACUGGAUUACAAAAUUUCUGAAUUAAAUAAUCACCUUGAAAGAAAGGACUUAAGAGAGCAAUUAAAUGAAACAGUUAAUACAAUUGAAUUAGCUAAAGAAUAUUUGUCGUACUUUCGACAAUACCAAAGAUCGCGGUUUUUAAUAUAUUUGUCCACAAUGUGGUUAGGGUGGAUAAUACUGUUAUUUUUUAAAAUAGCUGGUGUUAAGAGACCCAUUAUCAAUCGCACCGUUUUAUUAAUUUCAGAUAUUGUAUUUGCAUGUAUACUAAUUACAAUAUUUAUUAUAUACGAAGUUUCAGAAUGCGGAAAUUGGAGAUUACCCUGUUAUACAUCUUUAGCUGUAAUCUCUUUUUGGCUUGCCGUUCGAUGUAUAAUUAUGUACUCCGUAAAAUUAAGAAUUCACAACAAUAAACGGACUUGGAUACAGGUCGUCGGAAUAGUUUUGUUACUAAUAACAAUUUUCAUGGGAUUGAUGCAUAGAUCGACUCUUAGCAUAGGAAUGUUAUGCGCGGCUUUUAUUAAAAAUCGAACAUCACAAAAUACAUGGAAUUUUGUUUGGACAGCUUUAUCGCUAGCCGUUUUUCCAUUAUUACCUAUCGUAGAACCACAUCCUCGGAUUUAUGUCGUACUUCUCAGCAUAUGUAUCGUAACGAUAAUAGUUGCGCUAAAAGUCCAAUCGAAGUAUCGAAAAGUAGUAGAAAUUUUUCGACUGAUCAUUACAGGAUCGACUUAUUUAGAAUUUAUAGAUGGUCGAAGUUGGAUAUCAUGGGCAAUUUUACUCACGACGCCAUUACACAUUUGUACUUAUUCCACAAAAUUAAAGGAAAGAAUGCAAGGGGUUAUGUUGGGUCUCUUCUGCCCACUUGCUUUAUUAUCAGCAUCUUACGAACCUGUCUUCUUCAUAUUUCUUGUAUUACAUCUAUCUUGUUGGCCAGAAUCUGAUGUAAUUUCGAGUCAAAGUUACGAGAGGACCAAAAAUCUUUUAACAAUGGAAGAAUUACUGAAAGCAGCAAUUUUUAUGUUAUACACAGUAUUGUGUUUCUUUGGAACUGGCAAUAUGGCAAGUAUUAGUUCGUUCGAUCCUUCUUGGACGCGUCAUUUCGUAACGAUGUUUUCGCCAUUUUUAAUGUUUUCAUUGAUACUAUUAAAAAUCAGCAUACCUUUAAUGCUAAUUGGAUGUGCGAGCCAUAUACACGCAUCGUCCAAUAUUUUUUUAGCGGUACUCCUACUUGGAGACUGUUUAUCAUUACCACUAAUAUACAGUGUUACUCCAAAAGGAAGUUGGUUGGAUAUCGGUAGCGCCAUCAGUAGAUUUAUAAUCGGAAUAUCCCUUCCAUGUCUUUUGUUGUUAUUAUAUUAUUUUUCGUACCCACUGAUGACAUUUAUUCCGAAUAAAUUUAAGUUUCGAAUGAUUUUAGAAAAAACGCAUGUUGUAUAAAAU